AUCACUGAUCGCGGGAGAGAUUGUGUGGCGGUUGGUCUCGCGCUUCGCCGAUUGAAGUAUUUGGAAGUUCAAGGGUCAUUUUUUAAACCUGAUAUUUCUUUCGUUUGCUUUAAUAAGCAUAUGAAGUAAAGCAAUGGAUCUUAGUGAGUUUCAGCGGGACAGUAGCAACAGCUGCCGGCUGGUAUCUGUGGUUCCAGCCGCCUGUCGGACUGAAGAUUGCUGUCUGGGCAUCGAUGAGGCGGGGAGGGGACCGGUGCUGGGGCCAAUGGUGUACGGAAUCUGCUAUUGCCUGCUUUCUAAACAUCAGCAGCUUGAGGAGCUCAAGGUUGCAGACUCCAAGACACUGACUGAGAAAGAGAGAGAGAAACUGUUUGCUAAACUAAAUGAAGCAAAUGAUUUUAUUGGCUGGGCCGUGCAGGUCCUUUCGCCCAAUGUAAUCUCAACCACCAUGCAACAAAGAACAAAAUACAACCUGAAUGCAUUGUCUCAUGAUGCUGCCAUUGGACUCAUUCAGUAUGCGCUGGACAGUGGUGUUCAAGUGAAAGAGGUUUAUGUAGAUACAGUGGGACCUGCUGAAAAAUAUGAGGCGAAGCUGAAGGAACGUUUCCCAGGGCUGGAGGUCACAGUCAGAUCAAAGGCUGAUUCCUUAUUCCCGAUAGUCAGUGCAGCCAGCAUCUGUGCUAAAGUUGCGAGAGACCAUGCUGUUCAGUCGUGGAAGUUUGUUGAAGAUCUAAGCGACAUAAAUAUGGAUUAUGGAUCGGGAUAUCCGAAUGACCCUAAAACAAAGGACUGGCUGGAAAAACAGAUGGACCCUGUUUUUGGGUUUCCGCAGUUUGUGCGCUUUAGCUGGAGCACAGCCCAAGUGAUUCUGGAUGCCCGGGCAGUACCUGUGCACUGGGAUGACGAUGAGGAUGACAACACAAAGGAUACGCCUUCAGUGCUGUCCUACUUUCAAAGGAAGACUGAAGACCCGAAAGCCCAGCCACACCGUUUCUUCACUGAAAGGAAGCUUGUCUCCCUUGUGAACCUAUGAGCAUUCCAUUUCCUACCUCAUGUAUAUAGAGAAAUUGCAAAACAAGGUGUGAAAUUCAAAUGCUAUGCAGAAGGGGGAGAAAAUAAAAUGCCUUAAAACUGAUGGAGGGAGGGAGAGAGAGAAUCAGCUUUUCCAAGAAACAAUGCGUGUGGUACUGUGGGUCAGCAAUGAGCAGUGGUUCAGUCUGUGCAUGUAGGAAGCCACAUUAAUCCUGCACUGUUUCAUGAGGAUGUUGAACUCUGGACUCAUUCCAUGAAGUUUGGGUCAAGCUGCUUGCCUGGCUGUACUUUGUUGCUUAUUUGACAAAGCUACCGUAAAUGUGGUUUUACAUUAUCAUAGUGCUUGUUGUUGAACUUAAUUUCUUUUUUUUUUUGGAGAAAGAUGCAAAUCUUUGCAAUUCUCCCAAGGAGACUGACUUUCUUCAGUUCUGAUGAAAGGUCACUCCACAGAUGCUGCCUGAUCUGCUGAGUUUUGCCAGUGUUUUUUGUUUUUAUUUUAGAUUUCUGGCAUCCACAGUAUUUUGCUUUUGUAUUAUUGGGGACUUGAGUAAAGACUUUCUGCUCAGCUCUGGCCAGUGCCUCAGUUGCUGGGAGGCAGGAGUAGGCUGGGAAUAAAUUCUCACUCUUUUUCAUUCAACUCUCCCUCACCUCCAUCUUCCUUCCUUCCUCUGGGGUGGUGCCUGGUAACCUCUGUUUAAUAAAACAGCUGAGAUCGGGAAAUCCCUAUGUAGGAAAUCAUAACCUUGUCCCUAAGUCCUGUUACUUCAUGUUACAGCUCAUCAGAGUUCCAGACCCGGCCACUCAUCAUUUGUAUACAGAGGUCAGGCCAUGUGAAAAUAAUUUACUGAUGAAUUUCUGUGAGAAAUACCAAUAAAACAUUUUGGAACCUU